AACACAGCCUUGAAUGAAGCGAGGAGUGUGAAACGUACUAUAAUGUAACACCUGCAUUUCAAUCAUAUAGCGCUUUCCAAGACACUCAAAGAACCUUUACAGAGUGAGAGUGGUGUCUACCACGUGUGUGUCUGGUUCUCAGGUGAAGAACCUGCGUUCGGGCGUGUUUCCCGCGUAGCCGUGUGCACGCUGGGCGUCCUGUACUGCCACCUGCAGCGGGCCAUGGACAAGGAGGUGGAGACCACGGCCAGGGCGCUGCUUUACAAGGCGGCCGAGAGCAACGCCUUUAUCCGGGAGGAAGUGGACGCGGCGCUGGGCCACAUGGUGCGGCACUGCACGCCGGCACGCUGCAUCAACGCCUUCCUGGACGGGGGUUUGAGCCACCUGAGCGCGGCGGUGAGGAAGUGCGCCGCCCAGCACCUGGCCGACCUGCUGGAGAGGGUGGGCGUGGCCCGCCUGCUGUCCGGAGGGAAGGACGUGACGGACAGAAUCCUCCCGGCCGUGGUCAAGCUGGUCCUGGACUCCUCCCAGGAACCCAGGCACGUCCUUUGGCCGCCGGAUGUUGCUGUUCCUGUCCUCCCACCGGGACUUUGA